AAAUUUCUUUACAAAGCAUGCAAAAAUGGACAUCCACAUAUUGACUGUUAUUGCAAUUGUUUUACUCGUUUCAAUCCUUUUGAUAUUCUUUACCUUCUUCGAUGUCCUUUAUUCUUUAUUCAUGCCUUCAACGGAGGCAAAGCCAAAAGUGAAAAAAGUUCAACAACAGAAAAAGGAUCAGAAACGAGAAAAGAAGCAACGUCAACGUGAUCAACACAAGGAUAAUGUUGAGCAAGAUGAAUCCGAUGCACAUUCUGAACAACCAUCUGUUGAAGAAGAACCCCAGGGUCUCUCGAAAUUGCAUGUUGAAUUUGAGCCCGAACCAGAAGUUCUUACUUUUAAUGCAGAACAAUCUAGCAGGCGUGCUAGUAACUCGGAUAAAACAAAUACUAAACCGAAAUCUAAAAAAGAUAAAAAACAAGUCAAAUCUGGCAUCUUAGUCAAUAAAACUGAACCGGUUGCUGUCAAAACUCAUGCAGCCAUAGAGGAGCAAUUGAAUAACUUUGAACAGAAACCACCAAAGGAUGUACUCGAGCUUAAAAAGCAAGAGAAAAGUCAGAACAAUAAUAUUAUUAAAGAAGAUAGACAAGCUGUCAAAAAGGAGAAAACUAACAAGAAGGAAAAACAUAUUACAGAAAAGCCGACCACUGAACAGGCAGUGGAGUCUGCACCAAUUGUUGUUGCCAAAGAAGUUAAGCAACAAGAAGAAAAAACGCGUGUAGGUUCACCUAAAACCCAACAAACUGCUACAAAAAUAAAGCAAACCAAGAAACAACAAAAGGAGUCUUCAGCAAAUAAAGAAUUACUGCUAGCAUUGAAUAAAUUAUCUGACACCGACACUAUCGGUGUAUCGCUUUUGAUGAAUCUCUUCCGUCGUGCUGAACUCAAUCGCUCUGAAAUACAAAUAUUGAUUGACUACCUAUUAAAUAAACAACAAGAUAUGCCUUCGACACACUCUGAAUGGUCAGAUGAUAUAUGCCAAAAACUUAAACGGCAACUUGAAGAGAAGGAUCGUGCUUUGUCUGAACAGCAAGAAGCCUCCACUGGUUUGCAGGCCAAACUGCGUGAGAUACGCACAGAAAUUAACACAGAACGCGCUCAACUAAAUGCUACAGUCAAAGCUUAUACUGAUAAACUACAAAGCAAAGAGCAAGAGAUUGCUGCACUUAAUCAGGAACUACAAACUUUAAAUGAAAAAGUUACACUCGAACGUCAACAAUAUCAGGCCAAAUUGGUACAAGCAAAACAAGCUGGCUCCCAAGAUUUACUUACACAAUUGCAAAUGAUGCAAAAUGAGUUGGGACACAAGGAUAAAAAUAUUGCUGAGUUAACAUGCAUGGUGAAUGCUUCACGUCAAGCAUUCGAAGAGUUACAACAGAAAAACGAUCUUAUACAGCAACAGAGCCAACAAAUUAUAGCAUUGGAGCAGCAACGUGACGAACUUGAAGAAACCUCUAAUAAUCAGAUUUUCGAACUUGAGAAAAUAAAAACACUUGAGACAGAGAAUGCCGAAAGUAAAGUAGAGAUUUGUAAUUUACAAAAUGCUUUGGAAUCUGUUAAAGCCGAUUUGGCACAGUCUAGUAAGAAUCUAGAAGAAGCAAAAUCAGAUUUAACUGAAACACUCAAUACUAAAUUAAAUGAAAAAGAAGUAGAAAUUCAAGCCAUCCAAGCUAAAAAUACUGAACUGGCUCAACAGCUCAGUAGCAAAACAACUGAACAAAGCUUGGAGCAGUCUGGCUUGGAGGAGAUAGUUGGUGCUUUAAAGAUAGAGUUAGCUGAAAAAGUGUCAGAGCUCAAGGGGUUAAGUGCCAAAAACUCAGAAUUAUCACAGAAGCUUGCUAGUGCAGGCGAAAAUACUCAAACUCAGCAACAACUAGUGUUGGAACUGCACAAACUUAUUGAAACAUUGAAGACUGAUGUUGCUGGCAAAAAUAAACGAUUGCAGGAUGCCGAGCAAAAUGUAUUGAAAGUUAGUAACCGCGAAAAGGAGCUGUUGCAACAGCUGAGUGAGCAGAAGGAGAAAAAUAAUG